AUGGCCGCCGCGAUCAAAGCCCUCAAUGCGAAGAUUCGCUCAAACAAGUACACGGAUUACUUUUGCUCGACUCAUUUCUGGGGCCCGGCGAGUAACUUUGGUAUCCCGAUUGCGGCUAUUGCGGACAUGAGCAAAGAUCCUGAGAUCAUCUCCGGCCGCAUGACCGGCGCCCUCACCCUCUACUCCGGCACAUUCAUGCGCUACGCCAUGGCAGUCACACCAGCCAACUACCUGCUCUUCGGAUGCCACGCCAUCAACUUCUCCUCGCAACUCGUCCAAGGGUACCGCUACCUCAACUACUGGAACUUCGGCGGCCGGGAAGCCAGCUUGGCAGGAAAAGCGGAACAAGCAAAGGACGGGGCGAUGGGUAUGGUGGGAAAGGCGGAGCAGAAGCUUGAGAAGGUUGCGGAGGACGUUAAGGGCGUUAUUCCGAAAUAA